AUGGGUCUGCUGCAGCGCCCGCCACCGACCCUGGCGCUGCUGCUCCUGGCGGCGCUUCUGGCCGCGGCGCUGGCGCAGCCGGUGCAUGCGUUCAGCAAUGUGCCUUGGCAGAAACAAGCAGUCUACCAGUUGCUGACAGACAGGUUCGCUGCGCCACAGGCAAUGCCAGGCAGCCGCGGCCAGCAGUGCGGCAGCCUGAGCAACUACUGCGGCGGCACAUGGAGGGGCAUGCUGCAGCAGCUGCGCUACAUACAGGGCCUCAACCUGAACGCCAUCUGGAGCUCCCCCAUCGCGGUGCAGCCCUAUGGCGGCUACCAUGGCUACCAGUCCUGGGUCAUCUACUACGCCGCCAGCGCCUGCUUCGCGCUCUCCCCGACCCCGAAUGAGGGGGAUGAGGGAUGCCUGCAGAUCUCCCAGUCCCGCUCCACGCUGAUGAGCUAUGGCGUGGAGAUGGGGGGCGUGGGGUACUGGGUGGAGAACCACGACACCGACCGCUUCCUGUCUACCCGCGCCAGCCUGCCCGCCUACCGCAACGCUCUGGCGUUCAUAGUGCUAGCGGAGGGCAUACCCAUCAUCUACUAUGGUGCGGAGCAGGGCAUGACUGGGUUCAACAGCAACAACACCAAUCGCUGGCCGCUGUGGGAGGUGGGGUACGAUGACACCAACCCGCUGUACUCGCACAUCCGCACCCUGGCGUGGUACCGCUGGUGGAUGAACCUGGGCAACAAGUCGUUCACAGAGCACUACAUGGACCGCCGCACCUACACCUUCUCACGCGGCAGCGACAUGGUGGUGGUGCUGACCAACGGCAACUACUCGGAGGCGGGUCCCCGCCCUGCGGCCUACAACCUGUCGGGCCUGGCCAGCUUCGCGGGGGACACGCUGUGCGACGCGCUGCGCAGCGGGUACUGCGUGGAGGUGUCGGAGGAAGGUGUGGCGCUGGUACAGCCCUCCCCCACCGACGAGCCCCUGCUGCUGGUGCACGACAACUGGGUCCGCUCCGACACUUUCUUCGUCAUGCUGCACAACCGGCCGGUGCUGUGGCAGCAGGGCCUGAUCGUCACCUUCAGCACCCUCUGCGGCGCCCUGCUGCUCUGGUUUGCCGUGGGGUACGGCAUACAGUACUACCGCACGGGCAGCAUCCACCCGGCCCAGGACUUCUCCGCCUCCUGCUCUUGGCUGGCGGCCGCGUGGCGGCGCUGCUGGCGGCGCUGCUGCUGCUGCUGCGGGGUGCGCGGCAGCGGGCAGGCCAGCGUGUCGGCCAACAGCGUGCACUCUGAAAAGAGUGUGGGUAAGGCCACAGAGGCCGAUUCGGAGGAUUUGGCCAGGAGGGAGUCUGCUCUGGCGACAGCCUUUCACAUGAUGCAAGUGUCGCCUUCUCAGAGCAGCCAGAGCCACACGCAGCGGGGCGACGCCGCCGCCGGCCGGCCGCAUCACUUGGACGCGCUGGAUGAUGAGGAGGAGUUGAUGCUUCCCACCCGGGUGUCCACCCACCGCGCCCUGAGGCUGGACUCUCUCGUCAGCCGCCGCCCCUGCUCCAUGCUGCACGCCCUGGUGAACUGCCUCAAGACCACCCCGCGUAUGGUGAUGCACGUGGCGCUGGAGUAUGCGGUUCCGCACCUGGGCCUCACCAGCCAGCUCAUGUACGGCGGGCUGGGCAAGGUGGUGGAGACCUUCAUCUGCCACACCACCCGCCCAAUGCUGGUCUGCGCCCCCAUGUAUGCGCCCUUCUACGCGCCGCCCGCCCCCGGCGCCGGCACCGGCCCCGUGCUGGGUGAGCCCUUUGCCGGCACCACGCCCGUCAUGUCCCUGCCCGCCAUCGUGGGCGGCACCAAGCACCUGGUGGACGUGUAUGUCACGGCGGCCGCCCCGCCAGAGCCACCCGCCUCGCCCAAGGCCAACGGCUUCGGCGGCAACGCCGACCCCCACCCCACCGUCUUCUUCCUGCUCCUGGCCAGCGACAUCUUCACGCGCCGCACACGCGGCACCAUCUACCAGCACGCCAGCGAGGCCGAGGAGCUCGCCUUCUUCUCCAUCUUCAACCAGGCGGUGGCGCAUGUGGUGGAGACGCUGGGGGAGCGCGAGGCCUGGGUCUACUCCCAGCUCAACAUCCCCCUCAACGCCCACACCCGCAGCCUGGCCGAGCAUGACGGCCGCUUCAACAUGCUGCGCCCGCUGCUGGAGCACAUGCGCACCUCGCAGCAAGGGCUGGGCGUGGUGGCGGUCAGCCCGCGCUACGCGGUCAGGCGCGUGCUGCUGCCUGCGCUUCGCCAAGCAUGA